UAUUUUGAAAUAAAAAAAAUUUUUUAAAUGAAAAUAAAAAGACAAAGUGUAAGAAAAAACUCAUACAAGUAAUCCUAAAUGAAGUCAUGUAGCAAAUGUAAGAAAUCAAAUGGUGUAAUGAUAAAACUAUGCAAGGCAAAAUGAUUAAGAAAAUUCAUUAAAUAAUAAUAAGAUGUAACUCAAGAAAGACCAUUUGGAGUUAACUGUAGUAGAAUAAAGGGAUUGGCAGCCCUUUUGGUAAUUCUACUGCAAUGGUUUCUAAACCACCGAGUAAGGUUUUAUAUUUCUAAUUAGCUAAGUACUACUAGACAUAUGCACUCUAAUGUGAUUUAUAUGGAUAUGUGGAAUAAAGACAACAAAUAUUGUGGAAUUUGAGUUUACUAUAGAUUAAGUACAUAUUCUUCAUAACAUAAAUGAUGAAAAAAUGAUCUGAUAGUAUAUUAUAACUUACUCAUAUGCCAUCUUUAGAACUUUAGGAGGUUAGACUCGUGCAAUUAGAAUACACUGCAGAGAUCUAUAUAUGUCUGAUCAGGGUUUUUAUUUUGCUAAUUCUGGGCUGACUUUCACAGUCCUUGAUUAACUCUGAGUCCUUCAGUGAACUCUAAACAAUGAUAACCAAGCAUACUGUGAUAUCAUGAUUAGACCCAGAGUCUGGCUUAGAUAGGAAAAUGGUAAUCAUAAUAAUUGCUUACGUGUAUUGAGUGCCUACUUUAAGUACUUUUGUGUCUGUUAACUUAGUUAAUCCUCACAACAGCCCUAUUUGACAUAUGGAGAAACUGAGGCACAGAGAAGUUAAAUAGCUUACUCAAAUUCAUCCAGCCAGGAAGUGGCAGAUCUAGGAUUUGAAGCCAGGACUUCUGGUUCCAGACUCCAAGCUUAAACCUCAUUGUACUAAGGUACAUUAUAUGCUAUGGUAAUUUUGUACUGCUGUUUGGUGGCACCCCCAUUUCCCUUUGAUGUUCUUAUCAUGGUGUCUGCCUACCUCUUUGGGGUAUUUCUUUUUUCCUGCUCUGAUGCAGCAAUGGGACCCAUUUUGAUUCUGAGAAUAUUGUGCCCUUCAUGAGUCAUCAAGAAGUCCAUAGACAUUUUGAGGGGUUUUCUGUGGAGAUCUCAUUUCUUAAUUCUGACUCAACCCACCAGAAUGAAUUGAUAAUUAUGACAUUUGAAUCCUGCUUACAUUUAAAUGAAUAGCAAUGCUUAACCACAUUUGCUAGUGGAAAAGAAAGAAACUGAACACAUUUUUGGAACACAUUACCUCUGCAAGUAAGAACAACUUCUCCCCAUACUCUCUCUCUAUUAGUAUGAAUUUUAGGGAAAUUUGUUAAGGUUUUAGUCCUAAUUUAGUACUGAUAUUUUGCAAUCCAAGAAUUCCAUGAAUAAUGGGAGAGUUUGCUGAAGCGAGAGGAGACUCGGAGAAUCACAGGGCAACCAAGAUUCUCAAGAUCAAACCAAAGCAGCAUUCCUGAUUAUAUGAGCUAACUACCCAGUUUUUAAGUUUUCCUGGGCAAUACUAAUCGCGUUGCUUUUGUAUAUCAGAUUUCCCCAAGUAAGGCUCAUGGACACCAGCUUUAUUAUAAAAUAGAGCAUGCUUAAUGUACCUCACAUGUAUGCAAAGGCAAGAGCAGCCCAUAUCAGAGUCCAAAAGUGGAUAUAGGGGAAAUGAAUGCAGACAAAUGUUAAAAAGCCUGGUGAAAUCCUAACUCAGUAGGUGACAUGAUCACCUCAUAGAUUGGAUUAUUCUGAAGAGAGCCGGCAACUCCAUUCAGUGGAUGUAUUCUGAGUCCUUAUGUAUAUGCCAGGCUCUCUGCUAGAUGCUAAGGACACAGAAAUGAAUAAAAUUUUACCUUCCUUCUCUCUCAGAGGGCACCUAAUCUACUCCUCUCUUCUCUGUUACAUUAUUUUGUCUGUAAGUCUUGCAUAAUGAUGUGGCCGCGUUCAGAUCUAGUGGAAUAGUUUCCUAAUAACUCCCUAAAGUCCUUGGUGAAAGAGCCUUGACUUUUACACUGAAAUCCAUGGAAAUGUAAAGUCUCCUGCUUUGUUCUUCUUGAUAAAAUAGAGCAUAAUCACUAGUUGCUGGGUUACUACAUAAAACACGGGCCCCAAACUGCAGCUGGGAAAAGCAGUUAGCAAUUAAGUAAAGGAAGUGACUAUGACUAGUGUGGGUUUGGGUUAGAAACCCAACACACUGCCCAUACGCUUCUUAGCAGAGGAAGGCAUUGAUGUUACUUAGGCAACUUUUAUCACUAAGGAAAUAGUUUUUGUGACUCAUGCUCAUACAGAAUGACUUACUUCAAGAUCUGGGUAUUCAGUAACCUUACCAUUAUGCUUCUCUUUUCUUUUCUUUGGACCCAGACAGAAAAAUUCCAUUUGGAUGGCAUAGGUUUAUUACUUAGUAGCAUCUUAUUCGUUGGCUGGCCUGUAUUUUGAAAUUUAAUGGACUCAUGGUGAUCAGAGUGAAAGGCACACCACCAAGCACGCGGUAUGUGCUCAAGACUAGUUGAAGCAAUGUCUGAACACUUCCAAGGGACAGAAAAGCAGCCUGCCUGAAAAACUGCAGGCUGUUUCUGGGUCCUAACCAGUGUUAAUUCACCUGGAAGCAAAGGCAGUUUUCACCCCUCCAAUGAGCCCCGUUUUCCUCUUCCAGCCCUGAGGCCCCGCGCAGCCCUGGGAAGACUGAACCCAGGAAGGCAGAAGAGGGGGGAACUGAAAAGCCGCGGAACCAGAGGCGGAGAGAUGGCGCGGACGCGGGGGAAGGAAGAGCGAAGGGACCCGCAGGCCCGGCUCUGAGGAGGCAGCGGCGGCGGCGUGGGGAUGGAGCCCCUGCGGGUCCUGGAGCUGUACAGCGGCGUGGGCGGCAUGCACCACGCGCUGAGAGUCUUGGAAUGCUAUCAAAGAGAUGAACGAGAAGUGCAUGUUCAAGUAUUCCACUUCAUGCCUGAGCUCCUGGUCCUCCAUCAACAAUCUGAGAUUUGUCUAGAUAAAUGAGGAAAAAGUGGUGUACCUGCACAAGUGGUGGCUGCCAUUGAUGUAAACACUGUUGCUAAUGAAGUAUACAAGUAUAAUUUUCCUCAGACACAGUUACUAGCCAAGACAAUUGAAGGGAUUACGCUAGAAGAGUUUGACAGAUUAUCUUUCAAUAUGAUUUUAAUGAGCCCUCCAUGCCAGCCAUUCACAAGAAUUGGCCUGCAGGGUGAUAUGACUGAUCCAAGGACGAAUAGCUUCUUAUAUAUUCUAGAUAUUCUCCCAAGAUUACAGAAAUUACCAAAGUAUAUUCUUUUAGAAAAUGUUAAAGGUUUUGAAGUAUCUUCUACAAGAGACCUGUUGAUACAAACAAUAGAAAAUUGUGGCUUUCAGUACCAAGAGUUUCUAUUAUCUCCAACCUCUCUUGGCAUUCCAAAUUCAAGGCUACGGUAUUUCCUUAUUGCAAAGCUUCAGUCAGAACCAUUACCUUUUCAAGUCCCUGGCCAGGUACUCACGAAGUUCCCCAAAAUUGAAUAUGAACACCCACAAAAAUAUGCAGUAGAUGCAGAAGAUAAAAUUGAAGAAAAAAUUGAACCAAAUAUUUGCUUUGACAGCAGCACACAGUGUUCUGGAAAAGAUGCCAUUCUUUUUAAGCUUGAAACUGCAGAAGAAAUUGAAAGGAAAAAUCAACAGGACAGUGAUCUCUCUGUGCAAAUGCUAAAAGAUUUUCUCGAAGAUGACAUUGACAUGAAUCAGUACUUUUUACCUCCAAAGUCAUUGCUGAGAUAUGCUCUUUUAUUAGACAUUGUUAAACCCACUUGCAGAAGGUCCGUGUGCUUUACCAAAGGUUAUGGAAGCUACAUAGAAGGGACAGGAUCUGUGUUGCAGACUGCAGAGGAUGUGCAGAUUGAGAAUAUCUACAAAUCUCUUACCAAUUUGUCACAAGAAGAAAAGAUAACAAAGUUGUUAAUGCUUAAACUGCGAUAUUUCACUCCUAAAGAAAUAGCAAAUCUCCUUGGAUUUCCUCCAGAGUUUGGAUUUCCUGAGAAGAUAACAGUGAAACAGCGUUAUCGCCUGCUUGGAAAUAGUCUCAAUGUGCAUGUGGUAGCUAAACUAAUCAAAAUCCUGUAUGAGUAAUUUUAAAACAACACUGAAAGAUGGUCUUCAUAUACUUUCAUUUCCAGAUAGUAGUUCUGAAAUUCUACUUUGAACUAAUUCUGAUGAAAUUCAACUAAAUUAUUUUAAUCUGUCUUUAUUAUAAGACAGAUUUGAAAUUUGGAAUUUAUGAUAAAGAUGUCAAAUUUUUUCUAAAAUUUAUAUUACUAUAUUUUAUAAAAUGCAAGUUGUUGUUAUGCUUUAUGGAGAAUAUAUUUUCAUAUGAAACUGGUAAACAUAUAUGUGAAAUGUUUUUAUAAUAUCAUGGUAUAAACAAAUUUAGGAACAUUAGGAUUUUAAUGUCUACAUGAAUAUUUUAUAAAGUGUCUAACAGGCUUACCAUAAUGAACCUGAGAAAUUGUAUAUUUUUGUAUGUUAAUUAAAGAAGUUUUAUGAAUCUUA